CUGUGAUAGAGGUACCGUAAAGCGGUUUCCGCUCUCUCCGUUCCUUUUCCUCCGCUAAAAGGUUCACCAUGUCGUCCCAUUUGCAGUGGAUGGUCAUCAGGAACUGCUCCAGUUUCCUCAUCAAGAGGAACGGACAGACCUACAGCACCGAGCCCAACAACCUGAAGUCCAGGAACUCUUUCCGCUUUAACGGAUUGGUGCACAAGAAGACGGUAGGUGUGCAGCCAGCGGCCGAUGGCAAGGGAGUCGUCGUCGUGCUGAAGAAGCGUGCAGGCCAGAACAAACCUGCCAGCUCCUACGAGAAGAUCACCAUCAACAAGAACUCCCGUGCCACCCUCAACAGCCUGAGGCACAUCAUCAGCAAGAACAAGUACAGGAAGGACCUGCGCAUGGCUGCCCUGCGUCGUGCCAGCGCCAUCCUGAAGAGCCAGAAGCCUGUUGUGGUCAAAAAGAAGCGCACCAGGGCUGCCAAGACAGCAUAAAGAGAUACACAUGAUUAAUAAAUAAAAACAUCUUGUUUAGAAAAUAAA